CGAAGAGGAGUAGAUGACACUCGUCGCCUUCCCUAUUACCCAUUCCGAGACGACGGAGCCGAGAUAGAGAAGGCUAUACGACUCAUGAUGACGGAUUACGUGGAUGCGUAUUAUCCUAGAGAUGGUGAUGUGAAAAGAGAUAUUGAAGUGCAAGACUUUGCAAGUGAGGUCUCAGACGAAGGAAGAAUUUCAAAAGUCAUGCUUCGCGGGUUUCCUGCAACGAUCGACACCAAGGAGCAGCUGAUUGAUACUUUCACUCAAAUCAUUUGGCUGAUGACAGGCCAACAUGCGUCUGUCAAUUAUCCAAUGAUAGACUACAUCACGUACGUCCCAAAUACACCCCUGAAACUCUACGAUUCUGAGAGGGUUCAUAAUACCACAUUUGGUCCUGAGAGGUUGCCAAACAGAGGACAAGCAGCGGUAAGUCUUUAA